GUCGUGUAGUAUUAGAUUUGUACAUUGUUUCAGUUCGUGAACACAUUAAGUUUGGCAAAAAAAUACAAGUACUAAUGGUGCUGCGAUUUUAACUUUGGGAUCAGCUUUUUAUGUCGAUAAACGGCAUAUGCUGUUGUUUAUGUGGAUAUGAUGUAUUAAAAAAUGAUCAUGUCAGGCCACGAUUUGGGAAAAAUUUAAUAAGCGGCCUCCCCCCUCGAUUAAGCACCCCCGUCUUCUCAUAAAUUUGAAAUAAGCACCCCGGGCGCUAAUUUGAGGAUUUACCGUAUCUCUAUUGAUGCUAUUUGGAUGAAGUCUUAUAUGGAUAGCUUUCUUGACCCUUCGUGUGUACCAAUGAGGGCCACGAUCAAACUUGACUUUUUUUUAAAUUGGUAAAUGCCCCGUCUCAUUGGUGUGCUCUGAAAUUGUGGAGGUUUGGAUACAAGCAAGCAGUAUGUCUCUGUCAUGUUCUUUUAACCUCUCUCACAUACAUUUAGCUCUCCCUGUUUCUCUGAUAUACACUUUGCCGCAUUCGCAAGGAAUCUUAUAAACUGUAACACCGUCUAAGUUGUUUUGUUGGUUCAAGGGUGUCUUCAGGUCGCACUAAGCAAGACCUAAGAGUUGUGUCAGAUUUAAACACAGCAUGCACACCUUGUUGUUGUAGGCAGCUGCGGAGAACCUCUGAUACACCUUUGAUAUAGGGUAAAGCUGCAGUUGAUUUAAAUUCCUGUGUGGGUUCUUAGUUAGCUGUUACUCUUGUUGUUUUCAUAAGCUUCUGUAAGUGUUUCUUUCUUCAGUGAUAGCUGAAGGCUUCCUUAUGAGGUGUUUAGCACAAUUAAAAAGGUAUUUCACGAUACCAUGCUUCAUUGACUGAGGAUGGUUUGAGUUGUAGGCUAGGUUUUUGUCAGUGUGUGUUCGUUUCUGUAUAAAGUGGUAGUGAGAAGACCAUCUGCGUCCCUUGUUACUGACGUGUCAAGAAAGGGAAUGAUGUUAUCUUUCCGGUCAGAACAAAAUGCAGACUGCAGACCGGGUACAAAAUGCAGACUAGGUACAAGAUGCAGACUGCAGACUGCGGACUACAUACAAAACACAGACUGAGAAUGAAGACUGUUUUUUCGUCAAAUAUGUGAUCUACUGUAACAUGUCAUUUUAAAACUGACCAAAUGUCACACAAUUGCUUUUCCGUGGUCAUCUUCCACUGUUGUUUUCAAGUAAUAAGUUUAACAUGCUGUAACCUGCCAUUUUAUAACUUACUAAGUGUUUUCUGUGGUCGUCUUCCAAAUUGGGGAUUAUUCUUGGCCAUAUUCUUUCUUAAACAAAAUUUUGAAAAAGCUUUCAUUGUCUUGACACUUAGCACACAAGAUUUUAGUAUCAAAUAACAACACAUAUACUAGUUGUACCUAUCGGUAAAUGCCAAUGAGUGAAUGAACCAUUGUCUAUGAGGAUAAUGGUUGUUUAGCAAGUAUUUUAUAUAUACAUGUAGAUGUAUUGAAUUGUUACCAAAUAAAGGACAAACAUGAAAUAGUUUUCAGUAGAAUUUAAUUUAUAUUUGUUUGAAAUGUUUAAAAUGUUUAGAAAUUGUAAUUAAGGCAAGUUUGAGUAGACUGUUCACAGCCCUCUAUUUUCUUGUAUUUUAUUCUAUCGUUGAACAUGCGGAUAGAAUCAGGAGAUAACUGGACACCAGCGCAAAAUGGAAGACUUGGCUUGACUUAUCGCUUACUUAGCUCGCAAACCCCACCCCUACGUGCUUGAGCUCACUUUACUUGCUUUUUCUUUCACAUGGGUAAAUAGAGUUCCCUGGUCCCAGAGGUUUCUUGAUUUUUCUCUGCAUGAGACAGCUGUGAGAGAGCCUCAAAGCGGCCCAACAUGAGUCGCGAAGCAGCGAGUUUUCGUUCUCGCCUCUUCACAACUUGCGUUCAGUUGCUUCAAGGCUCUCUCGCAGCUGUCUCAUGCGGAGGAAAAUCAAGAAAAACCUCUGGGACCAGGGUAUAAAUAGAGAGGCUGUGAACAGUCUAAUUUUUUUUGAAAGAAGCUCUAUUUCUUAUGUACGUACAGCACAACUUUCUUGUCAUAGGUAUUUGUUCAGAAAUGCCAAGUGAUUCUAAAUAAUGUUUUGGUUUUGUAGUGGACGAAUUCUCUUAGCUUUGGCAUACUAUAUAUUAAAUCUUGAUCUCAACACACGGGCACGGUUGUUCAAAAAAUCAGAUACCCAUAACGAAGGAACAGUUUGGCUUUAAGUCUUCUUCCUCAUUUCUUGACCCUGUAAAGAGCUUGCUCACAGGCUGUAAGUCUGCACUUGGCUACAAAAUAAACACUGAUCUUGACCAUCAUUGUUUCAUGAAUAUUACAUGUUAUUUGGGUUUACUAAUGACCUCGCACGGGAUGUAGGAAGACUAUGACAGCUUCAGAUUCUAUUUAGAACUAACAUUACCUUGACACUUUGUUAAAAACAACACACAUGAAGAAACAGGCCAAAUUUUUUGUCAAAGGUGACCACAGAAGAGCGAUUGCAUGACACUAGAUGCUAAGAAUAUAACUGAAGAUCAAGACCAAUGUGCUGUGGAAUCGGCUGCAGAAAAUAAGAUGAUCAAGUCUUCAGUGCAGCGAGGUGAUCUGAGUGCUGGUAUUUCAUUUCAUGAGAGCAAAGCAAGGGCUGACGAAAAGCUCAUUAACUCAAAGAGGAGUUCAGAAGAAAAUGUCACUGGGAAACUGACCAGAAAUGUUACACUCCUACAGGGAGUCUCACUUAUUGUUGGCAUUAUGAUUGGUUCUGGAAUUUUUGUCACUCCACGUUAUGUCCUUCUACAUUCUGGCUCUGUGGGAAUGACACUGAUAGUAUGGAUUGCGUCUGGUGUGAUGGCAACACUUGGAGCUUUGUGCUACUGUGAAUUAGGAACACUGAUUCAGCGUUCUGGUGGUGAGCUAACAUACAUCCAUGAGGCUCUUGGCCUUUUACCUGGUUUUCUAGUUAGCUGGACAAUGGUCUUGAUUUUAAAACCAGCCUCGGUAGCCAUCAUCACACUAAGUUUUGCCUCCUAUGCUAUCCAGCCAUUUUUAAGCAGCAGCAGCAAUGAGCCCGAAGUCCUUAUUAAAUGCAUUGCAGUGAUUUGCAUCAUUUUGAUCACAUCUGUCAACUGUGUGAGUUCUCACUGGGCAGGCCAGAUGCAGAUUGUUUUCAUGAUUAUGAAGUUGCUUGCAAUUGGGAUAAUAGUCUUCAUUGGUGCUUCCAGAAUUGCCGAAGGAAAGUAUGAAAAUUUUGACUCUCCCUUCAAAGGAACUAACCAGAAUGUUGGAGAAAUUGCACAUGCUUUUUUCAGUGGCUUGUGGGCAUAUGAUGGUUGGAACCAACUUAACUAUGUCACGGAGGAGCUACAGAACCCUCACAAGAAUCUUCCUCGUGCAGUCAUGAUUGCUCUACCUCUUGUAACACUUUGCUAUACACUGGUAAAUGUAGCAUAUUUAAGUGUCUUGACACCAGCAGAAGUGCUGUCCUCCAGUGCAGUUGCAGUAUCUGUUGCUGAGAAAGUGCACCCCACCUUAGUUGCUGUCAUGCCACUCUUUGUAGCUUGUUCUUGUUAUGGUGCAGCUAAUGGGUCCAUUUUCACUAAUGGGAGAGUUGUAUGCUCUGCAGCCAAAGAAGGCCACAUGCCUCGUUUUCUGGCCAACAUUAGUGAGCGUUUCAACACGCCAUUACAUGCCAUAAUGUUCCCAUCAUGCAUUUCCAUCUUCUUGUUAAUGCUUGGGGAUUUGGAUUCUUUGCUAAGUUGUUUUAGUUUUGUGGCAUGGAUUUUUCUUGGUAGCACAUUCCUUUCACUGUUGGUUCUGCGCUGGAAGAGGCCUCAUGAGCAUCGCCCUUACAAAGUGUGGAUUGGAAUUCCCAUUGUCAUGGUGGUGGUGUCUUGCUAUCUUGUUAUUGCACCACUUUUGGCCAAACCUCAGUCAUCAGCAGUUGCACUGACCUUUGUUUUGUCCGGUGUCCCUGUGUAUUUCUUCUUUGUCAAACGCAAUACAGCACAGUGAAUUCAACUUUUCCGUUUUAUUGUAAUGACGGACAAUGUACAGUUUCUAAUUCUUUAGAACUGUAACUUAUCAGGCAUUUUAAGUGAGUGAAAGUGUUAUUGAGUUAAGGUUUGUCGCUGCAAAGAGUGAUUGUUGGUGGUGUAACAAAGGGGCUGGGUCAAAAGGCUGUUCAGAUGACAAUUUGACGGAGUAAUUUUGGAGGAAGAAAGUAACAGUAAUAACAUAAGGUGAUAUUACCAAUGGAGUUCAUAACGGGUCAUUUUCACUCAAUAUGUGAUUACAGCUCUCCCUUAUAGGUAAGGAACAGAAUGCAUGGGAACAGUUGAACUGUUAGGUCAUUAUGUACAAGCACUAUAUACGGCAUAUUAGUUACAGUAAUAGUGGCCUUAAACAUGUUAACUUAUGGUUUUGUCACCCUCAAAUGUCAUUCAUUUCCUAUUCAUGGCCAGUUGUUGAUCAAGCUUCUGCCCAGUCUCUUAUGCAGAGGAGCGUUGCGUUACGACCUAAGUGACGGCUGUAUAACAGACUAAAGCUUCUGUCUGCAGUUUGUUGGUUAUGGGCUGAAUGCUAAUUGCGGAGAAUCGCGUAGCUUUGAUUAUUGAAAUACAAGUGCGAGUGGACCUUGCUCAACAAAAGUUGGGGCUUGGAUAACGGCUACGGCCUCGAAUAGUGAAAAGAUUGUCACACUGUAUUUGAAUGAUUAUCUGACCGAUCUAUGUUAACAAGAGGGGAAAUAAAGAAUAAUAUUAGAAAUA